UUGGCCUGGGCACAGGGGUAGAUUCUAGUGUACGCGCUAAGUUGGGGUCGCCGUGGACCUUGUGACCUGUCCCAGGCGGUGGAUUAGGAGGCCAGAAGGAGUUCCCUUCCACGGUGCCAGGCUGAGAUGGAUCCCCUCAGGGCCCAACAGCUGGCUGCGGAGCUGGAGGUGGAGAUGAUGGCCGAUAUGUACAACAGAAUGACCAGUGCCUGCCACCGGAAGUGCGUGCCUCCCCACUACAAGGAAGCAGAGCUGUCCAAGGGCGAGUCUGUGUGCCUGGACCGAUGUGUCUCCAAGUACCUGGACAUCCAUGAGCGGAUGGGCAAAAAGUUGACAGAGUUGUCUAUGCAGGAUGAGGAGCUGAUGAAGAGGGUACAGCAGAGCUCUGGACCCGCAUGAGGCCCCAGACAGUAUACACCCUGGGGUGCACCCCACACCUUCCCACUCUAAUAAACGUGCCCCUGCUCGGGUGUCAUCUGUGAAGACUGCCAGGCCUAGGCUCUCUCUAGAGUCUCCAGGAGCCCGGAGUGUGGUAGAGCUCUUUCCUGGUUGAAGAAGGGGUAUUUGUCACACUGGAAUGUGACUGUGUAUGUGCGUGUAUAUGUGUAUAUAUAUAUUAAAACAAGUUUGUUGACACCU